GCGCGCGCUUGACGUGCCGCUGGCGCUGAUGGCGGCGCGGCUGCGGAGGGUCGCACCGCGGAGGGAGAGCGAGGCGGCGGCGGAGGCACACGGAGCGGAGGCCCCGGAGGCACGGAGCGACACGCCGAGCACAGCGGCCAGAGGCCCGCAGAGCGACCCGAGGAGGCCGGCUGGAGCCGCAGAGCGACCCGAGGAGGACGGCUGGAGCGGAACGUUCAGGAGCUCCUAUUGGCCGCCACCCUGUCUCGCCCCCCCCGCUCUACUACAGCUGCAGUACUCGUAGUAUUUAUUCGCGGUAGUCAGCAAUAUUUCCAGUGUUUGUACCUCGUUGACCUUUAAGCUGCUGCUUCACUGGGAAAGUCUCUCAGCUCCAGAACAAAACAAGUAUUUCACUCCCUUUAUAAAAAAAUAAAUAAAUAAAGAUUAGCUUCAUCUUGAAGCUACUUGCAGUUAGCAGCUAACGGCUAGCGCAGAUAUUCGAUCGAAUAAAGGACCUGAAAGAAAAUGUAGUUAUACUCCGACCCGAGGUUAGUUUUCCGUGUUUUGCUAGCUAACGGCUGAGUGAGCUGUGAGUGGCGAGUGGGUUAGCGGUGGCGCGGGGCUAGCGUCCGGACAGAGCAGGGGUGCGAUGGAGUACCACUCCGGUGGCAGCCUGCCCCUGCUGGGGAGACCGCGGUACUGCCCCGGGGCCAACGCUAACGGGGGCUACCUGUGUGAGACGGGACACUGCUGCGGAGAAACCGGCUGCUGCACCUACUACUACGAACUCUGGUGGUUCUGGCUGCUGUGGACCGUCCUCAUCCUGUUCAGCUGCUGCUGUGCGUACCGACACCGCCGAGCCAAGCUGAGAGUCCAGCAGCAGCAGAGACAGAGAGAGAUCAGCCUGCUGGCCUACCAUGGAGCCAACUCCUACCCCUCCUCCAUGCUGGACCUCAGUUUCCUGGCGUCUCUGAAGCUGCCGUCCUACGAGGAGGUGGCGGCUCAGCCCUCCACCCCUCCUCCGCCAUACAGCGCCGUGUUCACCACCCCUCGUUACCCGCAGCCCCCCCGCGCCACCGACCCCCACCUGCUGACGCAGCACGACCCGCUGCUGCACCGGCCUCUUAGCGACGGCCCCUCCUCCCUCAGCUCCGACAACAGCUCCAGUUGUUCCUGUGACUCCUGCUGCCCCUCCUCUCCAUGUAGCUCCUCCCUGUCUGCCCCCGUCACCUAUGAGACGGACACGAGCCACGCCACCACGCCCAGCGAGGCCACGCCCCUCGCCUUUGAUGUCACAAUGGAGACCAUCACGGCCGCGGCGACCUGUCUGGAGGUAAAUGAGGCACGGCUGGUUCCUGAGAGGAUGGUCGCCGCAGUGGCCGUUGACAUCGGCAAUGAAGACGCUGCCGAAGCUCAGGAACCCGAUGCCAAGGACUCACUGGUUACUGUUGCGGUUAUCACCGGGGCGGCCUCCCCUCAGCCGCUGCCCCCUUCUUAUCCAGAGGUGGCUCUUCCUGUUGUAACUACAUGUCCCAUAAAGCAACAGCUCGACUUCACACCGUGUACCCCAAUAGUCAGCGCCGGUAGCCCAGUUACACUCCCUAGUCCAAGCGUCGUUGACUCAUUACUUCCCUCGAUUCAAACAAUAAGCAUUGAGGGUCCAGCUGAGGGCCCCAAAACUACCCCUUCCCCCAAAACCACCUUAAUGUCUGGCCCCUCCACCCCAACAGCAAGCACUUCUGACUGUCCCACAGCCACCCUGACCCUCAGAACCCUCGAUCUAACGAGAACUUUUGAUACAGCCGAUGUUCCUAGUAGUCCAAACUCAGUACCAACCCCAGAUGUUGGAAGGACUUUGGUCUCAAUAACAGACUCUGCUAGCCCCUCAACCCCGGACCCAAAUCCUAGUCUUGUGCCAACUCCGGCACCUUUAAACCUUACCCAAGUUACAGCCCCAGCACCUUCAAACUUGACCCGAGUUCCAGAACCAGUACCCUCAAACCUUAGCUCUGUUUUAAACCCAAUACUAAUAAACCUUACCCAAGCUCCAGACCCAGUACCUUCCAACCUAACCCUAGUGCCAAACCUACAACCUAAAAUCACCAUAGUAUCAGACUGUGAAACGAACCCCACUCUAAAACCUGCACAUUCUGACCUUACGCUUGCUUCAAAUGCACCUACAUUACACCAGUGCCAGUUUCUAGAACUGUCACCCGGGUCCGAUGUAGCGCUGACUCCUCCCAGCCCAAUGUCAGGCUUACCCCACUACCCAGAGUCUGUUGCAGUUCUUGUAUCUUGUCUCGAUCCAGCUGCAGUACCAGCCGAUUCAGGUCCUUCUGUGGUCCUGUCUCAAUCGCCAGACUCAGACCUCCUCAGUCCAUCAGCAUCAAAUGUCCAGGCUGGUUUAAGUUCUGGUUCUGGAUCUGCAUCAAAACGCUAUAGUGUUGGUUCUAGAUCGGGUCCCCUGUCUGCUCCUGCCCCAGUGCUCACCUUCACAACACCUGCCUCUUCCUCUUCCUCCUGCCCAGCCAUAACCAUAGAGUCUUCUUUCACGCCCUCCCAGUCUCCCCUUGCAGCCCUCUCCCCAUCCUCACCCCUUUCUUCCUCCCCUUCCCUCCCAGCCCCGGCUUUACUCCUUGACCCCCUCACUGCUCUGCACCAGUGCAACAAAGGUGGGUCUUCCUCCGGCCACGCCUCCUCCCUCUCCCCCUCGCCUCGUGCCACCCAGUCUCCUCCCAAACAGACUCUCUUCUCCCCCUGCGUGGACGUGUUUGAACCAGGACCUCCAUGCUGGGAGGACGGGGAGGAGGAACAGGACGAGGACAAUGACGACGAUGAAGACGAGGACAUGGGAGCCGAUGAGAGCCAGUAUAGACAUCGUCGACUCACCGGUGACUCCGGCAUCGAGGUGUGUCGGUGUCGGGUGGAAGAGGAGGAGGAGGCAGAGGAGGAGGAGGAGAAGGAGGAGGAGGGCGCAAGGAAGGAGGAUGGCAGGAGAGGAGGAGGUGGGGAGAGGGAUAAAAAUGCAGGUGGAGACACUGAUCUCCACGACAGCAUGGACUGCCCUGCCAGAGGUCACACCACCACGGGGGAGGGACUCAGACCGCGUAACUCCGCCUCCACGGCCACGCCCACCACCGAGGACGGCGGCAAAGUGGUCAUUGUCAUGGAGACCGUGUGAUUGGCGGAUGCAGGCGGAUCAAACCAUUCGUCAUCCGGACACGGGAUGAACAGGAAGUUAAUGAUGGGGGUCGAACCCAAUGGGUUUCUUCUGUAGCCGGGGAGGAUUCGAACACAGACGGUUGUGAUGGUGGAGAAGUCACAUGACUAAAUGUUACAUCUUCAGCCUCCGCUUGUCAGCAGGAAGCGUUGGCUUGUUUCAGCAGAUGUGGUUCGGAGUGUCUGCGUGGAGAGGUAUUGACUCUGGAUGCAUCCAGCUGUGAAUUUAAACAAUACUGCACAACAGAACGGCUCUCGGCUAAUUUGGAAAAUGUAAAAACAAAAAUUAGGACCCGCGAUCCCAACAGUCGUUUUUACAGAUUACACAAAAAUUAUUUAGCGAGACAGCGUUUUGUAACUUUGGAGAGUUGUUUGCCAGACAAGAAAGACACUAUCUGAGGUGCAUUAUGGGAAAUGUGGGAUCUAGUGUUUCGAGAGGCUCGUACUAGAAACUGAAAUCAUUAUUUGUUUAAAUCUGUCAAUUUUAAGCCAUAUUUGGAGUUCUUCCUUCCACCUGCAUUGUUAACCUCCAUGUUUACGAUCUCCUUACACAAGCCCAUUCAUCCUUUUCUUCACCCGUAAGCAGUAACAUUUGUUUAUAUCGCGGGAUGUUUAAUAACUUGCACACACAUUGUUCAUCUCUUCAAAAGAGUAAGAUCAAUUGAGUUGACAGAUACAGACACAUCUGGAUAUCCAGUGAGCUGAUGUAGUCUGUCGGGUGGUUCCAUGAAACAGGAGAGACUCCAUCCUGCAUGGAAGGUUUCCGGGUUGGUUUUUCUCUGCGUCAGCCUUUUGGGAAGAGAAAAAGCUUCAUGCAUAAAUAAGAAUAAACAAUGGGCACUUUUAGACGGAAAACAAAGCGCCAAACAACAGCCGGGAAGACGUCAUCGCCCCCGUCUUUGUCUCUUUCUCUGAAUUUUGAGGUCAGACACAACGGCGUUCAGUCUAAACGCUAAAAUAUUCCCUUUCGCUUUGUGCAUCUCUCUAUUCAAAGACACAUUGCUUUUCUUUUUAUCAUUCAGAACCCCCAGUAAAAAUGUACAUCAUCCGGCAAAUUUCACCAAACAAGUCAAACUAUUUGAGGGCCUUAAAUUGACAGCAACCAUGUUCCUGUAGAGCAAAUGAUUUAGCAUUUAUUCUUAGAAAAACAUAAAGGUAUAUUUUGUCAAUUGUAGAGAUUAGAUUAAUUAGAUUAUGUAAUGAGUGAAGAGCAAUAUUUUUCAUCAGAAACAGGUCAACUGCCUCAGAAAGAAAUCUUGUGUCAUUGAUGGUUAAAGAAAUCCUCCAGUUUUAAUCUGAAAUAUUACACACUGGUUUUCUACGCACUUUUUCUCUCGGAUGGAAAUCUUUCUAAAACCCUCUGAACAAAAGUUAAAAAGCAUCAGUUGUCCCCAACAGCGGUUGUCAUUUCAUGGAGUUCAAAAUGAAUGAAACAAACUAAUAGCUUGCGUUUAGAAAUAAACUAAAAGUAAUGACAAACUAAAGCAUUUUCGUGUAAAGACUAAAUAUAAAAUUUGCUUCAAAAUCAGUUGGAGUGUAAAAGUGAGACGUCUCUCCCACAAAGUGCACUUUGUUUUAUUUUUACAGCUGUUAAUGUCAGCCGUGUUAGAAAAGCUUCACAAUUACGUGUUGUUCCUGAACUACACGUUAGAGCGAGUUGGAAAAGACACCAGAGUUUACCGGCUUGACCCAGAACACGUCAAACGUUGCGUUGGCGAGGAAUGUGAUCCAGAAGGGGCGUUCCCGAUGUAGCGACGGACGAACGUCAUCAACAGCUCUCUGCCCGCCUGGGACCCCGCUGCCCGUACCCCCUAACCCUAAACCUAACCCUAAAGUCUAAGUCUACCCUAAACCUAACCCUAACCCGAAACCCUAAACCUAACCCUUAACCCUAAACCUAACCCUAAGUCUAACCCUAAACCUAACCCUAAGUCUAACCCUAAACCUAAGUCUAAGUCUAACCCUAAACCUAACCCUAGCCCUAACCCUAAGUCUAACCCUAGCCCUAGCCCUAACCCUAACCCUUACGGACCGCCAUCACCGUCCAUAAUGGCACCGACUUCUGUCAAACCGAUCGACAGCUGGAUGUUUGACCCCGAUCGUCUCGGCCGUCAGUUUGAGAAACCAGCGUGCACAAGAUUGGAUUCAUACACGGACGGAAGCGAUCGCAUCUCUUGUUUGUUUUUGUUUUUUGUGGCUGAAUUCACAGAUAUCGGAAUCUGCCUUUGACGUGGACUUUGCAGACUUCUCUGCUGGCGUCUGUGAUAUUUGUCUUGAGGCCGACGUCGAACCCCCCCCCCCCCCCCCACCCCCCUCCGACAUUUGUCGAGACUCUGAAGGACCUCCUCGAGAACGCUCGAUAGGGGGAUAGCGAGCCGUUGAUGUUGUGGUUGAUGGUGUUUUUUUGUUUUUUGUUUACCUGAACUAAUAAGGUUAUAUAUCUCCAUGGUUACUGAGUGCCAUCUCUACUCGACAGCUGUUACUGCUUAGCGUUAGACAGAGCUGUUCUCGCUCUGCGUGGAUGUUCAGAGUGACCGUUGUUUAAAUAUGUCCGUUCAGGUUCCCAAGAGCUGCUCUGAGAUCAGCCUCGGGGGGGUGGGGGGGGGUGGGGGGGUUCAUCCCAGAAAGGAGGGCCCAAAAGAGAGUAGAUUUGGUUGGUUCCCGUUGGUAUCGGUGGGCGCCAGCUCUUCCAGGGUUGGGGGUUAAAUUCCCAAAGUUCACACUCGGGUGCUGCGAGGCAUUUAGGGGUUAAAGCGUUCAGCCGACCGAUGAAAGCUCAUUGGGCGAUCUCUCCGUACACGAGGCUGAUGUCAGGUUGUCAGGGUCUUUGUUUGUUUUAGUUGGGAAUCAAACCAGAGCUGUUUUUAUUUAUAUUCAAAAAAGUUUCCUCUCUGAUAGAAAGACGAGUUCCACUCUGACGGGUUCACGUUCACACGUCAGAUUUAGUUUCAACUAAAAUAGUUCAUCAACCUCGACUGAAGCAACGAGCUGGAGAUUAAGAUUAAAAUCUGCCCACUGUCAACACAAACAGACCAGGACUAGAACAGACCUAGUCCAACCAACCCCGACUAGAACAGACCUAGCCCAACCAACCCCGACUAGAACAGACCUAGUCCAACCGAUCUAAACUAGAACAGACCUAGCCCAACCAACCCCGACUAGAACAGACCUAGUCCAACCGAUCUAGACUAGAACAGACCUAGCCCAACCAACCCCGACUAGAACAGACCUAGUCCAACCAACCCCGACUAGAACAGACCUAGUCCAACCGAUCUAAACUAGAACAGACCUAGUCCAACCAACCCCGACUAGAACAGACCUAGUCCAACCAACCCCGACUAGAACAGACCUAGUCCAACCGAUCUAAACUAGAACAGACCUAGCCCAACCGAUCUAGACUAGAACAGACCUAGUCCAACCGAUCUAAACUAGAACAGACCUAGCCCAACCAACCCCGACUAGAACAGACCUAGUCCAACCGAUCUAGACUAGAACAGACCUAGUCCAACCAACCCCGACUAGAACAGACCUAGUCCAACCGAUCUAGACUAGAACAGACCUAGUCCAACCAACCCCGACUAGAACAGACCUAGUCCAACCGAUCUAGACUAGAACAGACCUAGUCCAACCAACCCCGACUAGAACAGACCUAGCCCAACCGAUCUAGACUAGAACAGACCUAGUCCAACCGAUCUAGACUAGAACAGACCUAGCCCAACCAACCCCGACUAGAACAGACCUAGUCCAACCAACCCCGACUAGAACAGACCUAGUCCAACCAACCCCGACUAGAACAGACCUAGUCCAACCAACCCCGACUAGAACACACCUAGCCCAACCGAUCUAGACUAGAACAGACCUAGCCCAACCGAUCUAGACUAGAACAGACCUAGCCCAACUGAUCUAGACUAGAACAGACCUAGUCCAACCGAUCUAGACUAGAACAGACCUAGUCCAACCAACCCCGACUAGAACAGACCUAGCCCAACCGAUCUAGACUAGAACAGACCUAGUCCAACCAACCCCGACUAGAACAGACCUAGUCCAACCAACCCCGACUAGAACAGACCUAGCCCAACCGAUCUAGACUAGAACAGACCUAGCCCAACCGAUCUAGACUAGAACAGACCUAGUCCAACCGAUCUAGACUAGAACAGACCUAGCCCAACCGAUCUAGACUAGAACAGACCUAGCCCAACCGAUCUAGACUAGAACAGACCUAGUCCAACCGAUCUAGACUAGAACAGACCUAGCCCAACCGAUCUAGACUAGAACAGACCCAGCCCAACCGAUCUAGACUAGAACAGACAUGUGAAUCCAUUCAAAGUCUGGAUCUUGGCCUCAUUCAAUGUUAAUUAAUCCGUUUUGGGGCUUUUUUGAGAGCAGCUCCACUUGAGGUGUUUGAAACCGAUUUCAUUUAUAGAAACGUCUCCAGCGUUCGUACCUCGUCGUCUCUCCUCUGCUUCCUGUUUGCAUGAGGUUUCUGUCGGAGGAGCGGAAGGAAGCAGAGAAGAGGCUUUAAAUCCCUUAAUGUAAUGAUGAUAACGAUGAUAAUUAUUAGUAAUACUAAAUUAAUAGUGAGUGAGUGUGUGUGUGUGUGACCUAACUAAACCAGCCUGUUCUAAAAGUGUGUGAAGAUAUACUGAAUAAAACUGUCAAAUCUAC